GCUGCGCAGCCUACCACGGCCCAUCGUGGCCAGCAUCCCCUAUCCAAUCCCGCAUUAGCGCUAUCGCCUCACUCGGCCCAAUCCCUAGCUAGCUAGCAUUUAUCGAUUAAUUUGCUCGCCAUGGCGUCCACCCUUCGAAUGGAUCCCAAGAUGGAUCCCAAGAUGGACACCCGCAAGAUCAGCUCCCAGCGCCUUCCCCCACCCGUCCUCUUCCAAGGCCCGCCGUCGCAUAAUGCGUCGAAUAUCUCCCUGCCUCCGCCUGUGUCUGCAGGAAGCCCUACACCGGCAGGGAGCCAGGCGCCGCCUCUCCAGCGCGUGCGCCCGACUCGGCCUCCCGGCUCCCUCGAGGCCCCCUUUCUCUCCCGCAAACAGUCCAAGGGCGAGGUGGACGGCUCCGACGCGAUAUGGCAGGAGAUGCAGAGUGCGCUGUCCGAGGUCGAAUUGAGUGCCACCACGGGCGAGCACGUCUUCGGGGAGAAGCACUCCGAGGCGCUGGAGGACCUUCGAAUCAAGCAGCUCAAGCUCGCGCAGGCGUGGGCUCGCAGCGAGGCCGACGACGAGGUCGUGGAAGGCAAAGGGGCCGCCGUCACCAAGGGCAAUGGUUCCCUGAGACCCGGGUCGCGGAGUACGGCGGGGCAUGGAGAGGCGGGGAAUAUCGAGGACGACUCGUCGUCUCGCAACUUGGAUCAGGAGACGGAAAAGGAUAUCCUCCUGGCUCGGGAGAGACGCGAGGCGAAUGACAGGUACUUUGACCGUGUCAACAACGGCGUCUUGGAUGUUGUGGCCAAAUUGGAGGAAGUGGCCCAGGCCAUGCGCGCCGUCGAGAGAGAGAGUAAAGAUAUCUGGAGCGACACAGAUACCAUGAGCACGACGACCCAGUCGACGACUGAUACCGGGUGAGCCUGAAAAGCAUGUCCUGCCGUGCAUGAUCCAUGCACAGGUGCGACUUGACUCCUCUUCAUAGCGCGUGAUGCGGUCACCGACUCUGCGUGGUAUCGGUCAGUCCGCAUGGCAACUCCGAGAAGUGCACAUGCAUAUCACCAGCGCAAGUCUUUUGUCUCCACACGGGUCGGCUCCUGCUACGGGUUUAUCGCUCAAGGCAAGCUUCUCGGGUCUGCAAUACUCCAGGCCAUUGCCCCGUCGUGCAAAGGCAAUUCCAACCACCCAUUCAAGUCCAUAUGGCAACUACCCAUCAUGACCUGAAAAUGACCCUCAAGAAAGUAAAACCGCAGCCAGAAAGGAAAGCCAAUGGUAGCAUUAACCGCUAGUCAACAAUCAAAUAAAAUCAAGGGUAUCUGAG